CAUUCCAAGUAUUUACUAUGGGUCGCGUUAGAACUAAGACUGUUAAGAAGGCUUCUCGUGUUCUUAUCGAAAAGUAUUAUCCUCGUCUCACUCUUGACUUCCAAGUCAACAAGAAGAUCCUCGAUGAAGUUUCCAUCAUUCAGUCCAAGCGUCUCCGUAACAAGAUUGCUGGUUUCACCACCCACUUGAUGAAGCGUAUCUCUCGUGGUCCUGUCCGUGGUAUCUCCUUCAAGUUGCAAGAAGAAGAACGUGAACGUCGUGAUAACUACGUUCCCGAAUUCUCUGCCUUGGAUACCUCUCUCAUUGAAGUUGAUCCUGAUACCAAGGAACUCCUCAAGGCUAUGAACAUGGAAAACUUGCCCGGUGUUCAAGUCACCAACCCCAUUGCUGCUCAAGCUGAUGUUCGUCGCGGCCGUCGUGAUAACCGUUCUCGCGCUCCUCGUGCCCAAGAAUCUGCUUAAAUAUAAGUUAUUUCUGAUUCGCAAAAGUUAUGUUCUCUUUUGUAUGAAUCUUCUUUUUUUGGAUUCUAUGCAUUAGAGUGAAUAAAUUGCUUCCUUGUUUGUUCGAUUAUG